AUGUCAACCUGGAAGAAUGCGAUCCCUAAAAGAAAAUACAGAGAAAGAUCUCAGCCUUCCAGAAGAAAACAUUUAGGAAUGCUUGAAAAGCAUCAAGAUUACAAACUCAGAGCAAAGGACUACCACGAAAAAGAAGACAAAUUAAACAUACUCCGUGACAAAGCAUAUUUCAGAAACCCUGAUGAAUUUUACUUUAAAAUGAUCAAAAGUGGCUUCCACAAUGGAAAACAUUUGCAGGACGAAGAAGAAGACGAGCCUGAACUCCUAAAAAAACAAAAAACUCAGGACAGCAACUUGAUGAAUAUGAAAGUCCAAGCCAAGCAGAGCACACAUGAACAAUUAAAAAGUCAGCUGCAUUUGGUAGACGCAGAAAAGCCAAAUACACAUAUGAUUUUUGUCAAAACUUCAGAAGAAGCAAAAGCAUUGCAGCCAGCUGAGUAUUUUAAUACAGAUUCAGCUUUAUUAGACCGUAAAGGGAAUAGAUUAACUAAAGAACAGCUAGAAUCAAUGGAAAUCCCAGAAAUAAAUAAUGAUAAUGAAGAAGGGUAUAAUAAAUUCAACACAAUUUUGGAAGAAGAAGAAAUUCUAAAGGACAAACUCCACAAGAUAGAAAAAAAGAAGGAAUUAAUGAAAAAAGGAAAGCGAAAAUUAGUCGACGAAGAUGGACAAGUCUACAAAUGGUUUUGGGAAAGAAAAAGAUAA